GCGACCGAGGGAAGAAGCCAAAUGAGCCGUCAAAUACAGAAGACUGAGAAAAAGGGAACUCCCAGUGAUCGGAGAUGAGCGAAGGAACUCCUAAGCUCUACGCCGACAAACCCAAGAAAGCUUAGGUUGUGCAAUUUCAAGAUCAGCACAAAGUCAGAGACGCUUCUUUUUCACCGGCGCCACAAGUAUCGACGAACAUGGGAUCUGCGUCUUCCCCACCGCUGCCUCCUCCUACGAAGGAACCAUUUGCAAGGCGAUAUAAGUUCAUAUGGCCCAUGCUUUUGACUGUAAACCUUGGUGUUGGAGCUUAUCUGUUUAUGAGGACAAAGAAGCAAGAUGAACAUGAUGUAGCUGAAGAAGAGGCUGCCACGGAUUCAGCUAAAACUGCCAGGAUCGCUGCUCCUGUUGUUGAGGAAUCAUUGGCCAGACCAGCCAUUGUGGAGCCAGUGAAGGUAAGGGAACCAAUUCCGGUGGAUCAGCAGCGUGAGCUUUUCAAGUGGAUUUUGGAAGAGAAGCGCAAGAUCAACCCUAAAGAUCGUGAUGAGAAGAAGCGUAUGGAUGAAGAGAAAGCAAUUCUCAAAGAGUUCAUCAGAGCAAAAUCUGUUCCAAAUCUUUAAACUUUCCAAAUUGUAGCAACCAAACACAUUGGCUGUGUUUUACAUUGAAUGUUGUUGAUUUCUGUGGUCCUAAAAUGAUUUUGUACGUUUCAAAUCCUCUCACCACCCCUUCCCCACAUGCUAGUCGAUAAGGGUGAACACGGUUGCAUCCUGAUAACCUGCAAUAAAAUUUGGUAGGCCUCUAUCGA